AUGGCGGGGGAAGAAUCUGCUGCCGGGGAAGAUUCUGACGAAAACGAUACGGCCAACAACAAUACUUCAGACAUCCAAAGUCCUAAGAAAGGAUGGAAACUAUUGAAAAUUCUCAAACAAAGACGGGCUCAAGAAAAGGAGAAUGGGCAGGGUGAAGCUACCGAGGAGGAAGGCGUGAAAAAUGAGAAAAACGAGGAGGAAGAAUCAGCACUCUGGCGCGAUAUUUCAUUCACAAUUGGUAGUCUUACAGACGAUGAUAAUGGACAAAGUACUGAUGAAGAUGGAAACAAGAGUUUGGAAAACAUCGAAGAAGAGAUUCUUCGCCAAGCGAGUAUUGAGAACAACAAUGACGAUGGUUCGGGCGUAAUUCCUCCCAGUCCUUGGUCUUCGUUAAAACGACUGCGAGACAAAAUAAAAGACAAUUCAACUCCAGAAGCAGAAGAAGAACGUGGAAAGGCCAGAAUAGUAUACAGGUUCCACAGUUUGAUUUUUUUAAUGAUCAAAGGUUAG